UAAAAAUAGCCAUGAGUUCAAAGAUCUGAAUAUGAACCCCUCUAUGCCUAUUUUUUUUAGCAUUAGUCAGAAUGAACAUCUGAAUAUAGCAAAAGGUUGCCAACCAACUCUCUUUCGCCUGUUCUACAUUGCUUUCACUGUAGACGGAGUGCUGGGCACAUUUUGGUAAAUCGUUCUGGUUGUCCUUGUUUGCGAACGGGUUUCAUUAUAAUGCACGAGUCAGAAAACGCUUUAUCACGGUCUCGUCAGGCCAGUGUGGUCAAAUCCAAUAAAAUUGGUGUUGAGCUCCCACCAAGUAUCUCUCCCGAUGGGGAUGGUCCAUCAGACGACAAGAAAGUGGGUGAUGAGGAAACGGCCAAGGACACGAAAGCUGCCAAGAAAGCCAAAAUAAAGAAGCCCAAAGUCCCUCAAACUGCCGCACGACGGUGGUGGGUGCGAUUCACUUGGUUGACUACUUGGUGGAUACCGAGCUUUCUGCUGAAAUCCAUCGGCGGCAUGAAAAGCCCCGAUGUCCGCAUGGCAUGGAGAGAAAAAGUUGCCCUUUGCGUCAUUAUCUUGUUCCUUUGCGGUGUCAUGAUCUUCUUCGUCCAAUUCUUCAGUAAAUUCCUGUGUCCAAAUGCCAACAUCAUGUCCCCAUCCGAAGUCGCCCAACACAAUACAAUUAGCUCCAGGAAUCACCUUUUUAUCAGUUGGAACGGAUACGUUUACGAUGUCAACUCAUACGCUGACAGACAUCCUGAUCCGGCGUUCACGCUCUUAACGGUGGCGGGUAAGGAUGCUUCCGAGUGGUUUCCACGGAUCAACGCAAAGACAGGUGCUUUGCACAAGAGUUGUCCGCAGCCAUCGGGCACUCCUCCAGACCUUCCAACCAACACGACAUGCCUCAAGACAGGCUUCACGACUGGUUAUUGUCAUGACACAUGGAAGUUGGACGAUAGCGUCAAUGUGUAUAAGGAAACGGUCACAUUCCCCAUAUAUCGAGUCGCUUCUCUUGCCUAUAACAGAAAUACCGUAUACGAUCAUGCUAAAGACACGGACGCAUGGAUACUCAUCAACGGGAGGUUCUACGAUGUGACUGAACUGUUGAAAGCAGAUUCCUGGAUACGUUCUCUAUUCCCUUCGGAUCUCCUUGAUUAUCUAGCGUACUACCGAGGCAAAGAUGCCUCUCUGAUUGCAAAUCGUAUCGACCCUAGCUGGAUGAAAUGUCUUGACAACCAGUUUUUUGUGGGAGUCGUUGACGAUCGUAUAUCGGCCGCUGCUUGUCAUGCAUCAGAGUACAUUCUCUACGGAUGUACAGGUGUCAUGGUAUUUAUCCUUGUGAUAAAGUUCUUGGCUGCUCUACAACUCGGUUCGAAGCGACAACCCGAAAACCACGACAGGUUCGUCAUCAUGCAGGUGCCUUGUUAUACGGAAGGCGAGGAUUCACUAAAGAAGACGAUCAAUUCCCUCUCGCUACUGGAGUAUGAUGACACACGUAAAUUGUUGUUUAUUGUGGCGGAUGGUAUUGUACAGGGUGCUGGGAACGAUCGUCCCACCCCAGACCUUGUUCUCGACAUCCUCGGUGUGGACAGGAACGUUCAACAGCCAGAAACUAAAGAUUACGUUGCCAUCGCAGAAGGAUCCAAAGGUCACAAUAAGGCAAAGAUCUAUUCCGGUCUGUAUCACAUUCAAGCUCGGGCGAUUCCCUUCAUUGUUGUUGUCAAAUGCGGCAAAGAAACGGAAACUACAAAGCCUGGUAAUCGCGGUAAACGAGACUCUCAAAUGAUUUUGAUGAAGUUCUUGAACAAGGUGCACUAUCGAUCCCCCAUGACACCUCUGGACCUUGAAAUGUAUCACCAUAUGAAAAACAUUAUCGGUGUUCACCCUUACCUGUACGAAUAUAUCCUCAUGGUCGACGCUGACACCGAGGUCGUUCCGGACUCUCUUAACCGGUUGGUGGCUUGCAUGAUACACGAUGGAAAGAUCAUGGGCAUCUGUGGUGAAACGAAAAUUGCCAACGAGAAACAAUCCUGGGUGACCAUGAUGCAAGUGUACGAAUACUACAUCAGUCACCACAUGGCAAAGGCUUUCGAAUCAUUGUUCGGAAGUGUCACUUGUCUUCCUGGUUGUUUUUCCAUGUACCGUAUUCGAACACCUGAGAAAAAGAUUCCUCUACUGAUUAGCAACGAUAUUAUCCACGAUUAUGAGGAGAACAAGGUCGACACGCUUCACAAAAAGAAUCUACUGUCAUUGGGGGAAGAUCGGUACUUGACAACGCUGAUGCUCAAAUAUUUCCCCGAGUACAGGACAAAGUUCACGGCAGAUGCGAAAUGUUUGACAAUCGUUCCGGACCAAAUGUCCAUUCUUCUCUCCCAGCGUCGUCGAUGGAUCAAUUCUACGAUUCACAAUCUCUUUGAGCUAUUGUUCCUGCCGCAGCUUUGCGGUUGUAUGAUCUUUUCCAUGCGCUUUGUGGUGUUCCUCGAUUUGUUCGCGACGCUGAUUAUGCCUGCUACGACUGGCUACCUUGUCUACCUCAUCUAUGCUGCCAUUGAGGCACAGGAACCCCCGAUCAUUUCCCUCAUCAUGCUGGGUGUCGCGUACGGACUUCAGGCGAUCAUUUUUAUCAUAAAACGAGAGUACCAACAUGUUGGGUGGAUGAUCAUCAACAUUUUGGCCAUGCCAGUCUUUUCGUUUUGGCUACCGCUGUAUUCUUUCUGGCAUUUUGAUGAUUUCUCGUGGGGAAAUACGCGUCGUAUCGCUGGAGCAAGCGGAAAAGACUCACACGGUGGCGAUGGUGAGACAUUUGAUCCUAGCAUCAUUCCACUUAUGAAGUGGGAGGACUAUGAAGGUAUUUUGAUGCAAAAGGCUCAAGAGGACGAGGCUGCGAUGGGCAUGUCCGAGUACGGUGCUUCUGAAAAUGGAUACAGUGUUGCAUAUGGAGGAUACAACAGUGCACCACAUUCACAGAACGGCCGACCUAAUGGACGCCCAGUGUCAGCUUACAGCAUUUCCAAUGUUGCCGUGGGUCAAGGGCAAGGAAAUGUUAGGAGGAGAGCGUCUGUGCGAUCGGCAAAUUCGCAGUUCUCGCAGGGUCCUGCUCAUUAUACCCGUCCUUCUUCUGCGUAUGGUGGGCCGGGGGGGAUGUAUGGUUCCAGUGUGGGUCCGGCGUCGCCCUAUGAGCCGUCAUACGCCGGGGACCACCGCCGCUCAUACAUCCCCCAUAUCGAGGCCAGGCGUUCGCUCGACGGAUUACAGCAAGGCCCAAUGUCAUACUAUGAACCUUCUCAGUAUGCCCCAAGUUACUAUGCCGCCUCCAGCUCUGGUUCGGAAGGUGAACCUCGCCCUCCCGCACCGCGCGCAAUUAACAACCUCCGGAACUCUGCGCUCUUCCGUUCCGACAUGGCUCUCGAUCGUCUGCCUGGCAUUGCUGUCGAUAUCCCGCCGUCUUGUCCUCCUAGUCAAUUAAUCAUUCCUGAUGCAACUCAAUCGUCAGAUCAGCUAUUGAGUAAGAGUAAAUCAGCAGAGACCAUUCAAGAUAGUGGUACCUGGACUGGAGGAUUCCCUACAGACGAGGAUAUUGUCGAGCGCAUUCGGUACAUCAUUGCCAUAUCCGAUCUGCACACGCUCACAAAACGGAAAGUAAGAGAAGAAUUAGGCAGCUUCUUUGGAACUGAUUUGAGUGAGAAGAGGCAGUUUAUCAGCGAUUAUGUUGAGGCCAUUGUUACAGGAAGACUGUAAAAUUGAAAAGAACAAAUGAAGGGCCAUUUGGGCCCGGGAGCAACAUCAGAGAUUUCACUAUGUUUUUAAAAGUAAUACACAUCAGCCCAGAUGCAUACUAAGUA